ACGCGUUAUCGAAGAUUCGUCGCCGAUACAUAGAGGCCGGAUUUUUCGUUGGAAGUCUAAAGGUCUAAUCGAUUUAAGCUUUUUCCAAACUAAGGAGUGAUAGAAAAGUUGAUUUUUCAAAUCGGUAAAAGAGGAUCAAGCUUUUCUAUAUGAAGCUAUGCUCUCUGAACCGAAAACUGGUUGGGAAGGAUGGACAGGGUUUAAGAAAAACCAGAAGACAACAGAUAAUGGAAAAGAAGACAUAACAACCACAGCAGGUGAAGCUUCAGCGUCUGGUGGGAACCAAGAAGAUUACAUAGAAAUCAGAAACUCAGUUGGAAACCUCAUCGGAUACAUUAAGAAGGAUGAAGUCAAUCUUGACUUUGAUACCGAAAAGACGGUAGAACAUAAGAAAAGAGAUAAAAUGGAGAAAGCAAUGGAUAGAGAAACAGAAAAGGAUGAAAACAAGGUUGUCAGGAGAUAUGAGAAAGUUGUUGAUGGAAUGAUGCAUCAACAUAUCAAAGAUAUACGAAGGAAAAUCGCAGAACUGAAACAGGAACUUAAGGAACACGAAAAGAAGCUAAAAUUAGAUAUAACAAAACGACAAAGAAAGCUAGAGAUUGAUAUCAAAGAGAGCAAAAAAUUUGAGAAAGAAUUAAAGAAAAGAAAAACCAAGAAAGAGACUGGAGAAGAAAAACACAGAAAAAAGCUUUUGAAGAAUGAAAUGAAACAUAGAAAACAACUGAUAAAGGACGACAAACGAAAAGUAAAGAGAGAAAAAGAAGACAAUAAGAGAUAUUUAAAAUCAGUGGAUGAUAUAAUGAAAAGUUGCCUCAAGGAUUCAGAACAGGAAUGGGAAAAGGAAAGUAAAGUACUGAAAGCAUGUAUGAAGAAAAAGAAAUAAAGAAGAAACAAUAAAUAGAUAUAUACAUAUUGGAAUACUUCAUACAUUCUAGUUUGUUAGUUUGUAACUGAUAUGAUUAAAUCUAUAAUUUAUU